AUGCCCUUCUCACCCUCACGGCAGUGGCGCUGGGAGACCUGCAGAAAGAGGGUGCGGAAAGAGAGUGCGGAGGGCACCGGAACGGGCACGGAGCAUCCUGGGAAACACCCACACGUACUCGUGACCAAAAGCAGCUUGGCAGAGCUGCUGGAAAGCAGCGGGGCAGAACAGGUGACGCGGCUGGUGGAGUUCCUCAUUGAGCGGCGCGGGGAACUCUUUGAGGAGGAGGUGGCCGGGCUUGCUGCUGCGCCGGCCGAGGAGUCGCCAGCACCAGGGGCAGAAGCAGAAACCGCAGAGGUGCCUCUAGUCGCUCCAGAAAGCGAACACCUGAAGAGCUCCUCUGAGGAGAGCAGGUGCCGAUUUGCGUUUGCUGCUUGGAUUCCUCAGAUGAGCUCUGACACCUGGGCUUCGAGGGCCACGAUGCAGCCCCCCCGCACCACCUCGGCGGAGGCGAGGAGAGAGGCACCAUGCCCUUCUGCUCUGGCCAGCAGAUUUCACCUGUGCACCACUAAGGCGGAGCAGCCCCGCACCGCCCUCAGACCCAUCCCAGCCCUCGCAGGAGGCCUUGCUGGCUCACUCCUCAGCUCUGGGAGCAAACGCCCACCAGCUGGCACGUCUCCCCAGCUUCACAAUGAGGAUGACCCCCCAGAGUCUUCAGCAGCUGAGCAGCCUUCCACGUCUACAGAGACUACGCAGACUCCCCAGACAGCAGCCUUAUCUGAAGCAGAUACUUCGCCUCCACCUUACUGUAGCAUAGCUGUAGAAGCAGCUGCAACCUCAGAAACACACAAUGAAUUUUAUCCUGUACCACCUCCAUACAGUGUAGCUACCUCUCUUCCUACUUAUGAUGAAGCAGAGAAGGCCAAAGCUGCAGCAAUGGCAGCUGCUGCAGCAGAAGUUGCCCAACGACACGCCCAGUUUAGGGAGUCUAGGAGUCUGUUUGAUGAAAUAUUCCUCAGUCGUCCAGAGGAAGAAGAGUAUCCACCACGGGAUGAUUUCAGUGAUGCAGAUCAGCUUAGAGUGGGCAAUGAUGGCAUCUUCAUGUUGGCAUUUUUCAUGGCGUUUAUUUUCAACUGGAUUGGAUUUUGUUUAUCCUUCUGUAUAACAAAUACCAUAGCUGGAAGGUAUGGUGCAAUCUGUGGAUUUGGUCUGUCCCUGAUCAAAUGGAUUCUCAUUGUACGGUUUUCAGAUUACUUUACUGGAUAUUUCAAUGGACAGUACUGGCUUUGGUGGAUAUUUCUUGUACUUGGACUCCUCCUGUUCUUUCGAGGCUUUGUUAAUUAUCUUAAAGUCAGAAAUAUGUCUGAAAGCAUGGCAGCUGCUCACAGAACAAGAUUUUUUUUCUUGUACUGAAGACUGCAUCGAACAGACAUUCCUUUCCUAUACCAGUGUGAAACUUCCAGAUGAUCUGUAACCCUCCGAGUUAAUAGGAUAGAAGACUACUAAAACCAGAAGACAAAUUAGUGAAGAUACGGCUUCAAAAAUGAAUGACAGGAUGGUUAUGCUCAAAUACCGGUUCUGGUCAUUCUAGUAAUUAUUUGUAAUUGCUGCCUUUUGUUUUAGCACAUUUGUAUAUGUGCUUAUUAAAAAGAUAGUACUAAAGUAAGAAAACCCAUCUGUUAGUAUAGAUUAGGUACAGUCAGACUUGGUUAAUCUGUGCUUCUUUUAUCUGAAAGAUUUAAGUGGUAACUUGUUUCACAGCGUGUAUGUACCACUGACUUGUUGGUCUGAACUUUGAGUACAACGAAAUGCAUUAAAUGAUUCACAUUAACCAGUUCAGACAGUUUUUUAUAUAAUUCAGAUUCAUCUAAUGAUUGUGUAGAACAUUUUUAAGUUUACUAAACCCCAAAGUUCCUUGUUGUCACAAACUUAUAUUCGCCGAUAUUUUAUCAAAUUCAAACCAAUAUACUGGUUUGCUUGAAACUGAUACUCCACUUUGAGUCCCCUGUAAAUAACUCUGCAUAAAUGACUGUUUGAAUUGCUUCUUAGGAAAUAUGUCAAAAUAUAUUUUGUAACGGCAUAUUCUCUAGAUUUUGUU